AUGUUCCGUAUCAUUAUCCGCAAUGCAGCAAGAAGAGGGUCUGCAAAGCCCAGUCACGUGAAAUUCCCAGGGGUAAUCUAUUCAGGGGUAAGUAACUCAGGGGUAAAAGGCCGAUCUCUCUCUACACCAGCGGCAGCAAGUACAAGAGUUUCUGCACCACCGGUCAGGAAAUCAACUACAACUGCUAGAGAAAACAAGAAAAGCAAGAAAAACUUGGUUGUUCUAGGAUCCGGAUGGGGUGCUGUGUCAUUAGUAAGAUCAAUUAAUCCCAGUCAGUACAAUGUGACGAUUAUUUCACCUCGGAACUUUUUCUUGUUCACUCCGCUACUUCCGUCCGCUACCACUGGUACUGUUGAGUAUAAUUCAAUUACAGAAUCCAUUAGCGGCAUUCUAGCUAAGGAAUCGUCUAAGUCCUUGGCUGAAGACAGUUAUAGCAGAUAUCUUGAAGCGAGAGCUACCAAGAUCGAUUAUACAAACAAAUCAGUUGCUAUUGAAGACAUCACAACCCAUGAGGAACAUUCGGUUCCUUUUGACUAUCUUGUCAUUGCAGCAGGUGCAACCACAUCCACGCUCAAUGUUCCAGGAGUUAAAGAGCAUGGUUUAUUUCUGAAAGAAAUAGACGACUCACGCAAGAUUCGUGCUAGAGUAGCCAACUGGAUCAAUAGCGGUAAAGGAACCUCUUUACAGGCCGUCGUUGUAGGAGGGGGUCCUACUGGAGUCGAAGUAGCAGCCGAGCUUCAAGACCUAUUUGAAGAAGAUAUCAAGAAAAGGAUACCAGAUGCUGGUCCUGAUACUUUCAAAGUGAGUCUCAUCGAAGCAAUGCCGAGUAUCCUAAACUCGUUCGACAAACGGUUGAGAAAGUUUGCAACAUUGCAGCUGCAGAAAGACCAUAUCAACCUUCUCACCAACACAGCUGUGGAGAAAAUUACCGACAAGACCGUUUAUGCAAAAGCAAAGACAGUUCUACCAGACAAGUCAGAGUCUGUUGAGGCCAUCGAGAUCCCUUACAACAUGCUCAUUUGGGCCACAGGUAUCACCACCCACCAGUUCAUCCGUGAGUUCAUGUCGACCAUCCCCGAGCAGAAAGAUUCUAAACGAGGCGUGCUCAUUAACGACGACAUGUCAGUCAAAGGAGUUGCCGAUGUAUGGGCCAUUGGCGACUGUACAAGCUCAAAGUACCCAGCCACAGCACAAGUGGCGACCCAGCAGGGAACCUAUCUUGGCACUACAUUGAACCAGCUCGCCACGGUCACUGAAGCUCCAGACUCCACCACCACCAGCACAUCCAUUGCACCCUUUGAGUACCAUCACAAGGGUUCCUUAGCAUACGUCGGAGGCAACCGAGCAGUCGCGGACCUGCAACUAUGGUCGGACGGCAAAAUGUCGUCCAUGGGCUACUUCACGUACUGGAUGUGGAGAGUGGCCUACCUCAGCAUGUUCGUGCCGGCACAAAACCGGUUCCUGGUGGCAGCCGACUGGCUGCGAGUCAAGCUCUUCGGCCGCAAUAUCAACACUAUUUAG